AUGCAGCUUCGCGUCCCCCCUGCAACCCUCGCCAAGGGAAACCCGGGCAUUCUCCAUCCAUAUACACCAGGCCUCGUGGCCUUUGAAUACACGCGCAACACCCACAACCCAAAACCACACACCCUCAUCUUCAUCGGUGGUCUAGGAGACGGCCUCGGCACAGUCGAGUACGUCGCCGACAUCAUAGAGGCCCUGUACGGCACUAAAUGGUCCGUUUUUGCGCCCGUGCUGUCCUCCUCCUAUAGUGGAUGGGGGACUGGGAGUAUCGGGCAGGAUAUCGAUGAGAUUGCGCAGUGUGUGCGGUAUGUGCGUGAGUAUAAGGAGAGUAUCUGGGGGGCUGGGAAAGUUGUCGUUAUGGGUCAUUCUACUGGGUGUCAGGAUAUUGUGCAUUAUUUGAGCUGUGUGAAUCCGCGGCCAAGGGAUGAAAUCGUGGAACAGAAUGAGAACAAACGAGGUAACGGCAAGGUUCGUUCUGUGGAAGGGGUCGCGGAGAUUACGAGGCCCGUGGUGGACGGAGCGAUCAUCCAGGCCCCCGUGUCAGACCGCGAGGCUAUUCUGUGGGAGCUAAGAACCGGCACAGACCGUGACAGCCCGGCGACCAUGCAGGAGGUGUGUCAGAGGGCAGUGGCGGAUGCACAGACGAGCACGUACGAAGACCAGGGCAGUAACUACGGCUGCCCGCCCAUUAAGCGGGAUACGCUGGUGCCGGCGACUGUCACUGCCCGGAUUGGGUAUCCAGCCUCUACGGCAGUCAGUAGUCGACGGUUUCUAAGCUUGGUCAGUCCCGAUAGUCCACAGAAUCCGGAUGAAGACGACAUGUUCAGCUCGGAUCUGGGUGAUGAGGCCCUUAACCGGACGUUUGGUGCAGUUCGAGAUCGGCAUUUACUGGGGUCUAAUGCUCGGCUGAUGGUGCUGUAUUCGGGAAGGGAUCAGUCGGUGCCGCCAUAUGUGGAUAAGGAUGCUCUGCUGCGACGAUGGCGUACUGCGCUGGGCAGGGACUUGUGGCACUCUGGCAGUGCGAUCAUCCCGGGAGCAUCGCAUGCCCUUAGCGAUGACGAUCAAGCAGAGCCGAGGCGGAUUCUAGCUGGAAAAGUUCUUGCGUAUUUGGGUGAUGUGGAGGUAUGAUUAGCCUGGAUAAUUCUGGAUGAUGUUUUAAACCCGAAUUCGAUUGCUUUAACUUGAGAUUUUCCCACACCGUCUCUUCCC